AUGCCAUUUUAUGAUUCAUCAGAUGAUGAUGAACCAUCAUAUAAGAAUAAGUUAUUAAUUUCAGCUAGAGAUAGAAAUGAAUUUGGGCGAGAAUAUUUCUGUGGAAAUCGCGAUGAAUACGUAUCAAGCGCAUCGAAAGUUGCGUUUGAAAAAUAUGGAGUUUGCACAGAAAAUGAGAUUUCAUUUGGACUAAAACACGAAUUUAUGCAAAAAGACACCUAUAAAGAUUUUAGUAGAAAAAGUAGCAUUACUUCUGAAUCUCAAUCAGAUGCAAAAUUUACAUAUCAACAACCAUUUAACUUUACUUCGUAUGAACCUAAGAGUUUAUCUGGGAUAGUUGAAUCAGGUUGCGUAUUGUAUAAAGGGCAUGAUGAUGUCUAUGCAAGUCCUAAAUUUGAAGCAACGACGAAAAGUAAGCUCGAAUGCGAAGAUACGGACGGUACCACUGCCAAAUUUGAAUGCGGUGGUUCAUUCGAGCUUGGAAUUUAUGAACAAAAAUUCAAGGCAAAUGCUGAAUCAUCAAUUCAACAGGAUGACGUCACUCUAUUUAAAACUGAAGCUUCAUUAGAGACAAAAAUGGGAAUGAAUGGUGACUAUGUUGAUGCAAAAUUCGGUAAUACGUUAUUUAGAGCUUGUGAUGAAAAUGAAGGUUUGGAUCUUAAACUCUUAAAUGCAUCAGCAGAAGCUAAAUUUGGAAUAGAUGAAAAUGGUAUCGAAGAUAUGAUUAAAUUAGGUGUAAACUUGGUAGAAGCUGAAGCUGUGGGUGUUAAAUCAAAAAUUGGAUUCAAUCUUGAUACAGGCAUUUCAGUCAAUAAAAAUGGUAUAGAAGGUAAACUUGAAGGUUUCGGAGUAAAGCUGGGAAAAGAAAUUGGUGUAAGUACACCUUUCGCAGAAGUGUCUAUUGAUCUAGAAAAAUGGUUUGGUUCUUAA